AAUUUGGUGCAUCAAAUUACUAACAAAAUAUACACAUAAUAAUGUUACUAUAAUUUUAAACAUGUAAAUAUUAUAGUAACACACUGCUUCACCUAUUUAAAGACACUCCCACACCCCACACAACCACAAAUUCACAGAAAGAACAAAGAAAAUGUCUAUGAGUGAUAUAAACAAGAAUUCAGAACUCAUCUUCAUUCCUGCACCAGGAAUUGGCCACUUAGCUUCAGCUCUUGAAUUUGCAAAACUUUUAACCAACCAUGACAAAAAUCUUUACAUCACAGUCUUCUGCAUCAAGUUUCCAGGCAUGCCCUUUGCAGAUUCAUAUAUCAAAUCAGUUUUAGCCUCACAACCACAAAUUCAACUGAUUGAUCUUCCUGAAGUAGAACCACCUCCACAAGAGCUACUAAAAUCUCCAGAAUUUUACAUCUUGACUUUUUUGGAGAGUCUCAUACCUCAUGUCAAAGCAACUAUCAAAACCAUUUUAUCAAACAAAGUUGUUGGGUUAGUCCUAGAUUUCUUUUGUGUUUCAAUGAUUGAUGUUGGAAAUGAAUUUGGUAUCCCUUCUUAUUUGUUUCUAACAUCAAAUGUUGGUUUUUUAAGUCUCAUGCUUUCCCUUAAAAACCGCCAAAUCGAAGAAGUUUUCGAUGAUUCCGACCGUGAUCAUCAGUUGUUGAAUAUUCCUGGUAUCUCAAACCAAGUUCCUUCUAAUGUUUUACCUGAUGCUUGUUUUAAUAAAGAUGGUGGAUAUAUUGCUUAUUAUAAACUAGCUGAGAGGUUUAGAGACACCAAAGGGAUUAUUGUUAAUACCUUUUCAGAUUUGGAACAAUCUUCUAUUGAUGCAUUAUAUGAUCAUGAUGAGAAAAUCCCUCCUAUCUAUGCUGUUGGUCCUUUGUUAGAUCUCAAAGGUCAGCCUAACCCUAAAUUGGAUCAAGCUCAGCAUGAUCUUAUAUUGAAAUGGCUAGAUGAGCAGCCAGAUAAAUCAGUUGUUUUUUUAUGUUUUGGAAGCAUGGGAGUUAGCUUUGGUCCAUCUCAAAUAAGAGAGAUAGCAUUAGGACUUAAGCAUAGUGGGGUUAGGUUCUUGUGGUCUAACAGUGCAGAGAAAAAAGUGUUCCCAGAAGGGUUUUUAGAAUGGAUGGAAUUGGAAGGUAAGGGAAUGAUAUGUGGAUGGGCACCACAAGUUGAGGUUUUGGCACAUAAGGCUAUUGGUGGAUUUGUUUCACAUUGUGGAUGGAAUUCUAUUUUGGAAAGUAUGUGGUUUGGUGUACCAAUAUUGACAUGGCCUAUUUAUGCAGAACAACAGCUUAAUGCUUUUAGGUUGGUGAAGGAAUGGGGGGUAGGUUUGGGACUGAGAGUGGACUAUAGAAAGGGUAGUGAUGUUGUAGCGGCCGAGGAGAUUGAGAAAGGAUUGAAGGAUUUGAUGGAUAAAGAUAGCAUUGUACACAAGAAGGUUCAAGAGAUGAAAGAGAUGUCUAGGAAUGCUGUUGUUGAUGGUGGAUCUUCUUUAAUUUCUGUUGGAAAACUUAUUGAUGAUAUUACAGGAAGCAACUGAUAAACUGUCUUUUUUUGCUACAUAGGUGGAGUUUCCCUUUCUUGGAAUCAAUGGAUGAAGAAGACAUUCUAUAUGUUAUAUUGUUUUGUUGAGGGAUGUCAUUUUAUAUACUAUAUUCUACCUAAAAAACUGUUGAAAGAAUAAAAGUUGAAUGUGGAAUUAGUAGCAUAUUUGUGUAUAGCAAAUUUAAUCAAGCUAGCACAUGUGCCUAUCUUUUUUUAUUUCAGUACUGCUUUUCUUUGGAGGGUUGUUUAUAUAAUAUUUUUUUAUUAACAGCUGAA